AAAUUUUCGUUCCUUUCCUUCGCUUCUCGGUUUUCAAUCUGAACACAAGCUAGCCGUUCAACGGAGCCUAGAAUAAUAGUACCUUUCCCUCCCCUCUCUUCAAAGAACAAGGAACCAUCCCCUCCCUUUCCAAAUCCCUAAUUAGAAACACAACGGAAACUCCAAGAAGAGGGAUGGAAGACUAAAUAAGGCGCGUGAAGGAGAGUGAGGGAAGGGCCGAACCACAAAUAAAAAAAGGGGAGGGGGUGGAGUCAAGCAAGGAUUCUGUUGUCCAGUUUCUUCUUCUUGAAAGUAGUAAUCAGAAAGCCUGGAAGUAAUUAUUUGAUGAUGGACGGCUCUCCCUCCACGCCGGGCAAGUCCAAGAUGGAGAAGCCACCCCACCACAACCACCAUUUCCACCAUCACCCCUCCACCGCCCGCCUCCUCUUCCGCUGGCACCACUCCUCCCCCCUCUCCAAGUUCGCCUUCUGGGCCUUCCUCGCCGUCGCAGUCUUCGCCGCCCUCUUCCUCCUCUCCCCCGGCCCCCCUUCCGCUGAAGCCGACUCCCCCCCUUCAUCCAACCUUGGCCAGCACCGCCGCUCCCUCCGCACCGCCUCCUGGGGCGGCCCCGCCUGGGAGAAGCGCGUCCGCUCCUCCGCCCGCAUCCGCCGCCGGCCCGGCGGAUUCUCCGUUCUCGUCACCGGCGCGGCCGGCUUCGUCGGCACCCAUGUCUCCGCCGCUCUCAAGAAACGCGGCGACGGCGUCCUCGGCCUCGACUGUUUCAACGACUACUAUGAACCCUCCCUCAAGCGCGCCCGCCAGGCUCUCCUCGAGCGCGCGGGGGUCUUCGUCGUCGAGGGCGACAUCAACGACGCCCUCCUCCUCCGCAAGCUGUUCGACGUCGUUCCCUUCACCCACGUCAUGCACCUUGCCGCCCAGGCCGGCGUCCGUUACGCCAUGACCAACCCGGCCUCCUACGUCCACUCCAAUGUCGCCGGCCUCGUCUCCCUCCUCGAGGUCGCCAAGUCCGCCGACCCCCAGCCUGCCCUCGUCUGGGCCUCCUCCUCCUCCGUCUAUGGACUCAACUCCAAGGUCCCCUUCUCCGAGUCCGACCGCACCGAUCGCCCCGCCUCCCUCUACGCUGCCACCAAGAAGGCCGGCGAGGAGAUCGCCCACGUCUACAACCACAUCUACGGCCUUUCCAUCACUGGCCUCCGCUUCUUCACCGUCUAUGGCCCCUGGGGACGCCCCGACAUGGCCUAUUUCUUCUUCACCCGCAACAUCCUCCGCGGCAAGCCCAUCUCCAUCUUCGAGGGCCCCGGGCACGCCACCGUCGCCCGUGACUUCACCUACAUCGACGACAUCGUCCGGGGCUGCGUCGCCGCCCUUGACACCGCGGGGAAGAGCACCGGCAGCGGGGGCAAGAAGCGCGGCCCUGCCCCGCUCCGUGUCUACAACCUCGGCAACACCUCUCCUGUCCCCGUCGCCGACCUCGUCUCCAUCCUCGAGAAUCUCCUUGGUGUCAAGGCCGUCCGCAAGGCCGUCAAGAUGCCCCGCAACGGGGACGUGCAGUUCACCCACGCCAACAUCAGCCUCGCCCAGCGAGAGCUCGGCUACCACCCCACCACCAACCUCCACACUGGGCUCAAGCGCUUUGUCAGGUGGUAUCUCCAGUACUAUCGCCCUAACUUGGUCAAGAAGAGGGGCAGCAAAAGCGGCAGCAGCAAUAGCUGAUGAGGAUGAUAAGAUCAGCGGUAGCAGUGGCCGUGGUGUCGGGUCUUCUCCUUGCAUGCUUCUUGAGGCGGUCAGGAUUGUUCACUUCUUCGAGUUCAUCCUCUUCUCAUUGACGCUCGUACGGGAUUUCCUUCCCUCUUUCUUCGUCUUGUUCGAAUUUUCAGUCAGUGUCCUUUUCUUCUCCUCGGCACCUCUGCUUGGACUUCUUCUAUGUCCUCUUGUUAUAAUUGCUAGAAGAAGAGGGAAUGAAGGGGAUCGAUCAAUGGGAGUCCUGUGGCAAGGGGCUUUACUUCAGUGGUGGUGUUUAGUGUUUGCAGGAUGCUCUCAUGAUCUGUACUACUAAAGAAAAGGAAGCACGCAAUUUCUUUCUUUUGUUCUUUAUAAUUGUUUUCUUCAUCUCUCAUUCUCCACGUACUGCAUUGAUGCAUUUCUCUCUGGCAGUCAGAUGUACUUUUAGCAUUGUGUUCUGUACAUGACUGAUGAAUUUAUUAGGGCAUAUGCUAAUUGAUGUAGACCUUACUUGUCAUGACACAAUUUUAAUAAAAGAACAGAACCCAUGACCCUGGGUUUGUUAUUAGC